GAGAAUGUCGUCAUUGUCAUACUGAGAAAACAUCAACAAAGAAAUUUUCAACUGAAAAUAAUAUAGAUCCAGGUAAUGUACCUGAAGAACUCCAAGGAUUUACAGAAAUUGAAGAGAUGUUAAUUGCUCAA